ACAGAGAGCGCGUUUAAUGGACGACAAUAAUACCUGUAACGUGUUGGAGUCUCUGGUUGGAGUUCAUUUUCUUGUUUGAAUUUCGAUAGAAAAUAGUGAUUUUAUCGCCUCUGUGUUUCUGUCUUCGGAGGGCAAGUAGAUUUAAAAAUGGGGAAGGCAGAAUUUUUAAGCCCUAAAGCGAUCGGCAAUAGGAUAAAAGCCAAAGGUCUUCAAAAACUACGGUGGUAUUGUCAAAUGUGCCAAAAACAGUGCCGAGAUGAGAAUGGUUUCAAGUGUCACUGUAUGUCCGAGUCUCACCAGAGACAGCUCUUAUUGGCCUCGGAGGACCCGAACCAGUUCAUGGAUUACUUCUCUGAGGAAUUCAAGCAUGACUUCGUGGAGCUCCUCAGAAGACGUUUUGGGACCAAGCGAGUACACAACAACAUUGUCUACAAUGAGUACAUCAGUGACAGAGAGCACAUCCACAUGAACUCCACCCAGUGGGAGACACUGACAGACUUUACAAAAUGGCUUGGAAAGAAAGGUUACUGUAAAGUGGACGAGACGCCCAAAGGGUGGUACAUCCAGUACAUCGACCGCGACCCGGAGACCAUCCGCCGGCAGGAGGAGCAGGAGAAGAAGAAGAAGCAGGACCUGGACGACGAGGAGAGGAGCGCCAGGUUCAUCGAGGAGCAGGUCCGCCGAGGCCGGGAGGGCAGAGAUGAGGAAACACCGGUGUUCACAGAACUGAAGCGAGAAAGUGAAGAGGAGAAAGUUGCCUUCAAUCUGAGCAAGGGCAUCUGCUCCUCUACUGCGUCAUCCUCAAAAGCAAGUUCUUCCCUGGGCCCUAGUGCCCUCCAGGCUACGGGCUCUGUGAAGAGGAAAACACCAGCUCAGAACUCGGAGUCCAAGGAGAAGAAGAGGUCCGCUCUGGAUGAAAUCAUGGAGAUGGAGGAACAGAAGAGGAAGUCGGUGAGGGCAGACCACUGGCUGUACCCGGACGUUGUGGUUAAGGUGGUCACAAAGAAGCUGGGGGAGAAGUACCAUAAGAAGAAAGGCGUAAUCAAGGAAGUCCAGGAUAAGUACACGGCCGUGGUGAAGAUGAACGACUCGGGUGACAAACUGAAGCUGGACCAGAGCCACCUGGAGACGGUUAUCCCUGCGCUAGGGAAACGGGUUCUGAUACUGAAUGGGGCCUACAAGCAAACGGAGGCCAUACUGGACCGCAUCGAUGAGAAGCGGUUUUCAGCCACUCUGAUCCUGGACUCGGGCCGUCUGAAAGGGAGGCAAGUUGAAGGAAUCGCCUACGAGGACUUCUCCAAAAUGGCCUGAGAGGCACUUCAAUGACCAAACUUGGACAACUCUACUGUGUCAGAGUUUUUUUUUUUUUUGUUGGUUAGUUUUAUUCAUUAUUCUUUUAAAAAUUCAUUUUUCGUAAGUACUCUUGUCUGAUGCUGACAAAAAAUCCCUAGUUAUUACUGCAAUUAUGGAAUCCUCUUCCACGAGAAUGAUUGUCUUGUAUUUUAUCGUUUAUUGUGCAUUCUAGUUGAAAUACAUGCUAACAAAUAAAAUGUUUAUCCAGAGUAAUCAGGACAGGUUUGCUAUAAUUAUUGUGGAAACAUAGGGAAAAGUCAGAAGGUCUGAGGAAUUAAAGGAAGAUGCCAUUUCUAGUGUACAGAAUGUAAAUACAGAUCUAUCAGCCAGUACUGGAGUUUCUUUUUUUUGUUGGGGGGGGGGGGGUGCGCUGUUUUGCCAGAUUACAACCUAUGGAAGCUACACGUGUUUUAGUCCAAUGGUCCAAGCUCACAGAAACUCCAGCUGCGACUGACGGCAUUGGUUUGUGUACAUGUUGAGGCAACCAAUGACGGACCGCCUACAGAGUCCACGUGAAAUGUAUUUGCGUGGUGUUGUUUACACAGUCCUUUUGUAUGCAUGUCACCCCUUUCUGUCCCUCAGAACAUUUAGAUCCCAGAUGCCCAAACACCUCAUACUUAAUUUCUUUGGCUCAGUUUUAUUACUCGCCCUGAACCUCACUUCACUGUUGCUGGUAGAAGCUGUCCAGCUGAGGAACAAGGUAGUCCUUGUAAUGUCCCUCGAUGAAGCCCUUUCCACUGUUGUGAAUAAACCAGCAGAAAACGUC